GAGAGAGAGAGAGAGAGAGCGAGAGCCAGGAGCCAAGAACCGCGGUAAGAACCGGCCCCGUGAAGCGCCGAAGCUCGCCGUAGUCGCCGUCAUCAUCAUCAUCAUCAUCACGCAUACACGAGGCGAGUUCGUGAGCUUCGUGAACACGCACCACACGACCGACGGGACCGAGGACCAACCGACCGGAGACCGACCAUCCGACCGACCGGUGGAGAACAAAACUGCUUCGCCUCGGACCCGGUGCGACCAAUCGGGCCAAACUCGUCGGUAGACUCGCACGCACGGCGUUCCGCGGAGAGAGAGAGACACACAGCCAGGAGUUGUUGUUGUUGUGGUUGCUGUCGACGGUGGGCCUAACAGUAGCAUCCAGCAGCAUCCAGCAGCAGCAGCAGCAGCAUCAUCUCCAAUCGCUUCAACGCGGUGGCACAAUCGAUGCGCGCGGCGGUACCACCAACGGGAACUGCAACAAAACGUCCUCUCGUUCAAAACCGUUCCCUUAGUACCGAGCGCGACGCAUCAUCAUCAUCAUCAUCGUAACCACAACACAACACGGUUGCAGUGCGUUUGAAUCGUGAAAUCGCAAAUAAACCGUGCGUGCAGACGUGUUUAAGUGAAGCAUCGAUGAAGCUGAAGACGAAGAACGAAACAGUUUCAUAUCGGUGAGUUCUACACAGCAAGUGAUCUACACCUUCACCGGCCACACACUGGACCGAACCGUGCGUGCUAAAAGAAGAAGAGAAAAGGGUCAAGCAGCAGCAGCAGCAGCAGCCAAGCUGGUGACCAUAUUGACGACCUGUGUCUGUGCGUGUGCGUGAUCGUGCAAAACCUAAGCGAGAAAAAGAUAUUACUUUGAUUUAUUCGUGCGAAAAACCACUGUCCACGGGUGCAGAUUGUUCACGUGGGCCACGCUUUGUGAACGUGGGACCUUUGGAUCGCGGCAUCUCGGAAUAAAUUUACUCCGCUCGGUCGCUCGCUCGUUCGCUCGCGCGCCCUGCCAAGUGCCACACAACCAACAAGAGCAGCGGCCAACGCGUACCAGAAGAAGUGGACGCGCAGAACGCGACGCGGCAAGUUCUCGCCAGUGUGUCUGUGUGCGGAAGCGGUUCCGAUGGUAGUGACGGUCGUGCCGAGGACUGUUAUUCCGGCGGUGACAAGAUGUACCGGUGGUGUCUCCGUUUGUUACUACUACGACAACGACUACUACCAUCACAUCAGCUGCUGCUGCUAGUGGCCGCGUGAACCAGCGUGAACCGCCAUGUUGGCCAUAGACUGUCUGGUCGGUGGACUGUUGCUCAGCUCGAUCGGCGUCAACAUCCUGGCGCUCGGGUCGUUCUGGGUAACGCCAAGCCUCCGGACCACCGCCAACCGGUUCGUGAUCAAUCUGCUGAUCGUGAAUCUCGUCUGCUGCAUCAUACUCGGCCCCUCGCUGCUGCUCAAUGCGUUCACCUCGCAGACCGGGCAGCCGGCGACACCGUUGCCGGAACCGGAGAUGUCGCACGUUCCCCCAACGCACAUCUAUCUCGUGGAACCGUCGGAGUACGGUGCUACUGCCGGUGACGAUACAGCAGCCGGUACACCGACGACGUUGGUGUUCCGGGAGAGUACCGCCAUCACCGCCCCGCUAGCCACGGUAGCAAGAACCGUGGCCAACCGAACGCGAAUCAUCGUCAAGUGUGGCAUCAAAAAUGGAACGAUGGGUAGUGAUGAUGGCCGGCCGGGGGGCAACAAUUGUGAUAAACUGACGGAGGGAGUGGAAGGUGAGCCGGAUCGACCGGUGGAAUCGACCGAGGGAGUGAGGGAGGAAGAAAGUGAUGGUCCUUCGAUACGGCCGAGUCCGGUCGGCCACGGGGAGGGCGAUGGUGAGCUGCACGCGAAACUGACGCUCACUAAAAUCCGGUGCUGGGGUCUCGAUCUGGUCGUCGCCCUUGGUGCCCUGUCGGUGCUGCUGGUCGUCGGUGAUACCUGGUGUGCCAUCACGGAUCCGUUGCGUUACCAUUCGCGCAUCUCGGAGCUGAAAGCGUGGACGUUUAUCAUCGCGACCUGGGUGCUGGGGAUAGCGUUCGGUAUUGCGUCCGGUUUCCGGGGUGAUCAGAAGACGGUGACGCUCUUCAAGAACCGACUGACGGCCGAGGAGGUGGCCGCCAUCGAAUCUAGUCAAUGGGCUCGCAAUGCGAGCGGUGGUGGUGGUGGUGGUGGCGGCGGAGGUGCCUGGAGUGAUCCGGUGGCCGGCGAUGGUUUCAUCCACCAGCUCAACAUCUCGGAGGAUCUCUACAAUACGAUCUUCUCGUACACGUACUUUGUGAUCGUCAUUCUGAUCCCGUUUGCGCUCGUGUGCGGCAUGUACUGGCGCAUCUUCUCGGAGGCACGCGAAAGUGGCCAACGGAUGCGCCAGAAUGGUUCGUCGCCGCUCCUACAGAGUGCCCUCAAUCUGGUGUCCUCGCAGAAGCAGGCGGAGAAGCAACAGAUGCUGGAACAGCAACAGCAGCACCAACAGCAUCAGCCACAUCCCCUUCCGAGUAUAGCGGAGCGGCCAUGCUCGGAGAAGCUUGCCGAUGGUGAGGGUCUAACGAUGAAGAUCGACAAACAGAUCCACUACGAGGACGAGACGAUCACCAUCAGCAGUAUACCGCACCACCAUCAUCGGGAUUCGUGCCUGAAACCGUUGCUCCAGCAAUCGCCGGCACCGAGUCCAACGCACAAAGCCACGGCCCAGCAGCAGCAGCAGCAGCACCACCACCACCAUGAACCGGAUCGGCCUGAUCGGUCACAGGUGGUGCAGAUUGCGACGCCAACGCCGACGGCCGUACUGCCACCGAGUGUGCUCAAGUCACCGCUCAAGCACGAUCGAAACCACAACAGUAUUCUGAUGUCACUUCCGCCACUCGAAAGCUCGACGAGCGGACCCAUUCCGACGCAUCCACCGGUGGCGAUGUCUAACGGAUUGGGGAAGGUGCGGCGUAACCACAGUGCCGGGCGGCUCGUUAGCUUUAGCGAAGAUCGGCCGGAGUUGGCACCGGCCGGUCUACGGCAGGUGCACUCGACACCCAACUUCCGGAAGUACAGUGCGGGAGAGUUUGAGCAGCAGCUCGGCAAUCACCACAUCCUGUCGCUGCCGGCCGUCCAUGUGCCACCGAAGGCACUCAGCUACAUGACGUCGAUCCGGCAUCGUCUCUCGAACGCUUCUUCGUUGUUCAAGUACCGGGAAGAGUCGCGUGCUGCGCGGAUCAGUAUUCUGGUGAUUAUCAUGUUCCUGGUGUCCUACCUACCGUACGGUAUUCUGGUGCUGAUGCAGGGCCAUGUGGAUCUGAUCAUCGUUUCGGAUCAAGCUCUCUUGGCGAUCUUUACUGUGGUGAUCGCGAACCUGAGCUCUCCGUUCAUCUUCGCCUACCGCAACAAACGUGUCCGGCGUGGUGUCAAGCGGUUGCUGGGUAUCGACCGGAAGACGAACGAGCGACUCCAGAAGCUCACCACCAGCAACACACAUUUCAACAACCAUCCGCAGCAGCAACAGCAGCAGCAGCAGCAACAGUUGCAGCAUCAACAACAAUUCAGUGGUGACAGUGUUGGCCACGGUAACUACGGGGCCAACCUUGCGCUGGCCACGGCCGACGGUCAGCUGGGACCGGUCGGUGGUGGUGGUGGUGAUGGCAACGGUAACACGGUCAUCGAUUCCUGCCUGCACGAGGUCAUCGUGCCGGGCAGCGAGCAGCUGGUGGUGGCGGCGACGGCGCAGAAGCCGCACAAGGUGCGCAUCGCCGGCAGUAGCAGCAGCAGUGGCCGCAGCCGAAGCAGAAGCAGCAGCCCUGGCGCCAGCAGAGGGCUGACGCGCAGCGGUAGUUCGUGCAAGUAUCUAACGCCAAAUCACGCGGCGGCCGUGGCCGUCGCCAACGGGUACAUAGUCGAGUUCGAGCGGUAUCCCUCCGACGAGCUCAAUAGUCUCUGCAUACAGAAGAAAUCGAUACUGAAACGGGUCUGUGAUAGUUCGCGUAAGUGGGGCUGCAACUUCGCCACCAACUCCUGCACCAGCAACGACGAGCAGACGGAGGUGUAGCUGUAAAGGGAAACGCUCAUCUAGAGCGCUCGGCGCAGCCAGAGUUACGCGUUAGUGUGCAGUGGCCGGAGCUUAGCUAGGUUUAGGAAGAGCAUAAGGGACGAAUAGUAGCACGGGGCACGGGGAUAGGUGCUAUAGGUGCCCCGACAGCAAGUAAGGAGCAGCAGGAGCAGCAGAAGCAGAAGCAGCAGCCACCACACCAUGUUUGGGCGGGUGCCAAAAGCAUUAAGCUUUUUAUUUCGUACGGGGAAACGGGAGAAGCACACUCUGCGGAACACAAGUACAAUCGCGACAACAACAACAACAACAACGCACACAAUGCACUACAGCAGACUGGCGAGUGCGGCGGGGUGUGUUUGUGUCUGUUCGUUAAACGUGCAUUAAUUAGAAAACAGCUAAAGCUCUCACACCAUCUCACGAAUUUUUUUUUUUAAUUUAUUGACCAAAUAUAGAAAAGAUUUUUUU